CCUCACGUACCGAGUCAAUCCCCAAACCCCGUCGCCGCCCCUUCCCAUUUUGUCCUUUUGCCAACUCAUUUUCCCGUUUUCUCUGAAACAAAAUUUCUAGCCUCCGAGUCUAAACACAGAAAAAGAAAAGAAGAAUUUGUGUCACAUACAGGGCGUGACCUCAGAUCACAAGAGAACACAACAGUCCAAACUACCAAGACGACGACGAUGUGGAGAAGAGCAGUUUCUUCACAGCUCAAAACCCUAGCCUCCUGCCGAUCUGCCGCCGCCGCCGCCCGAUUCGCAUCUCCUAAUCGGUCCAUCAUUUCCCCAUCGCCUUCCGCUUCUCUCUUCCAUCGCUAUUUUAAUGCCGACGCAGCAAGUGGUUCCGUAGGGAAGAGGGUUGAGGAUAUAAUGCCUAUUGCUACUGGAUCUGAGCGGGAGGAGCUUGAAGCUGAACUUCAGGGAAAGGAUAUUCUUGAAAUUAACCAUCCUGUUGGUCCCUUCGGCACAAAGGAAGCACCGGCUGUUGUCAAGUCCUACUAUGACAAGAGAAUCGUCGGUUGUCCUGGAGGUGAAGGAGAGGAUGAACACGACGUCGUCUGGUUUUGGCUGGAGAAAGGCAAGCCUCAUGAAUGUCCAGUGUGCACUCAGUACUUUGUGCUGGAAGUAGUGGGCCCUGGUGGACCUCCAGACGGACAUGGUGACGAUGAAGAUCAUCACUGAUUGCAGCUUUUCAAUUUUUCCUUGAGGAAUAAAAUUUGGGAAGAUGAUGAGACAAUUUCCAGUAUACAGUGCAGCGUCAAAGUUCAAAAAGCUUAAUGUCUUGUUUGUUUUUGAUUGGUCCUUUAAUGUUUAUGGCUGUUGGUUUAUCAGCAAAAAUGGGAUGAUAUCUUUUUUGUGGUAAUGUAGACACAGAUGUGGUCACCUGUUGGAACCAUAUGGAUCUUGUUAGGUUUCCUUUUAAUGCAUUGCCAAAUAAUUGAUGGCUACUCUUCUAUUCUUUCACGAAACUUGUUUUUAUUUUUAGCUUGAAAGGGAAUCAUAACUUUAAACUUGAA